AUGAAGCCGCCGCCGCUGCUGCUGCUGCUGCCGAGGCUCUUCGUGGUCGUAGCGCUGUGUUUCAAUGCAGCCUGUGGCCUGUACGCCGACCAAGCCGGUGAGUUCGACUGGAGCACGAAAAACGUGGGGCGUGUGCACGCCGUGGCAUUCAGCGGCGCUGGGGCGCACGAUCCGCACUUAACAGACGUACCUACGCGGAGUGUGUACGUGGCGUCAGACGAGACCUCGCGGGCGCUUGCGCGUUUGGAUGCACAAAGUGGUGAAAUUCAAUGGCGGCGCGUGUUUCCCGAAGGGGACGCGAUUGACGACAUUCAGUGGACGACGUUUGGGAUUUUAUCCGUCUCACGAUCUGGACGCAAUGUGAGACUUUGGGACUUGGACUCGGGCGUGCUCUUAUGGGACGAAGUGACGACGAGUGGAGGUUAUAGUCAGGUCACGACUGUGUUUGGUGGGCUCUUCGCAUUGGACAGUGACCAUUCGGUCAUAUUGACGUCUUCCAGUGUGGCUUCAGUGAGUCUCAAGGAUGGAACACUGAAAGUGCAGCCGCUCCCUGAAGAUUUUGCCAAGGCAGCUGUGGAGGCAACGACAUUGUCGUGGCAGGUGAGCUCCGACAAUGCAGCGUUGUUUGUGAUGGCAGGCCGUCACGUACUGCGCUUUGACGUCACGUCGGGUCAUGUGUUGAACCUCUUUACUCGUUUGGAAGUUGACCAGAAGGACGAGAGCAGUAAGCUGGCUGUCAAAGUGCUGCGUCACGACAGUGAACAGCACAAGGCGGUUGUAGUAACGUUGACAAAUGACCACUUGCUGCUGCAGGGGCUUGAGAGUGAGAAGGAUGGUUCGAAAACUUCUCUCAGCUCACUUGAACUGGCGGGGGACAAGGUCGUGGCAAUCGAUUCGAGUAUUUCGAAUGCGCUGGUAGUGGUUUUGGCAUCUGGAAAGCGGGCAAUAUUAAAAGUCUCAAGCUCGCUUGAACUGGAAGUUACUGCUGUGAUCGCUGAAGGUGUUUUGGUAGAAUCCGUGACAGAGAAGUCGGCGCUCUUUCAUGUUGCUGCGAAAAGCACCAGCAAGUUGCUGGAAGUCACGUCGUAUGCGCUGGACCAGACUUUAGUCUCUACUGUCUCGUGGACAGCUGAUCUAGACAUAGCAUCAUUUGGUGGUGACGUCUCUCGCGCAUUCGUUGGAUGUCCUGACAUGAAAAAGAGCGUAGCUCCAAGUUGCGACGUUGUGUUGGUCUUAAAGGAUGACGCUCUUGUUAUGACGUCGAAUAAUGACAAGGCUAAUUCUGCUGGCAAUGGGAAUGUCGGGUGGGUGCGCGAAGAAUCGCUGGCGAACAUUAAGCAUGUGCGCUGGAUUACGCCGGCAGAGACGGAGAUUGAGAAGCAGGCGUUGAAGCACAUUCCUUCUUUCAUGGAGGAGCUACAGCUUGAGAUCAAGCAUCUUCGGCAGCUUGUUGAAAAAAUGAUAUCGUUUUCCUCGUCGCUGCUAGACGACAGCAGUCACCAGCGUGUUGUCGAUCGAUCUCGUGCUGCACGCAAGGAGCCACCUAAUGCUCACUUGUUUGGUUUUUCCAAGUAUAUCGUGGUGCUUACUGAAAGCGGCAAGCUGUUUGCUAUUCGCGCUGAAGCUAGCACGGUCGCAUGGUCUGUGUUUGUGGGCCCAGAGUAUCAGCUCUUCGUGACUCGCGACCACCCAGCCCUCGGUUCUGGUGCUGAGUUGUUGUUAGUCUCCAACUCGUCAAAGCUUGUGUGGUUUGAUGGCGAUGAUGGUCGUCAGUUGGAUGCGACUGAUGCUGGUGCAGGUACAGGUGCCUCGUGGGUGGUUUUGUUACCCAAGCGAAAGCACCUCGCCACUGAUGACGAACCUGUAGCGCGUCGCACGGUGGCUGUGAUUUCGGAGGAUUCACUGAAGGUGUCGCUUUACCCAAAGGACACGGCAGAUAUCGCGCAUCCAGAGCUGGACCACUUUUACUUCUACCGGUACGACGACAUUCUGAACGUGCUUCGUGGCUAUGCAAUCAAAAAUAAGGGUGAUGCCAGUGCCGUGGACUACCGCGCUCAUGAAGUAUGGUCCAUCGUUCUACCUCGCGAGCAACGCGUGAUUGCUACGUCUCGCCACCAUGAUCACUUGGUUGUUGACUCAGCUGUGACCAUUACUGGCGACGACUCGCUGCUGAUCAAGUAUCUAAAUCCGAAUCUGUUCGGAGUAGCGACAAUUGCUACAGAGCUCUCAGCAGAUGAUGAUGAGGCUGUGUCUACGCUUCACGUCAAUUUGAUCGACUCUGUAGCAGGACGCAUUAUCCACCGUGCUCGCCAUUUGCAUGCGAAAGGACCUGUGCACAUGGUGCAGAGCGAGAAUUGGAUGGUGUACUCGUACUGGAACCUAAGAGAGAAGCGCUCUGAGAUGGUGUCGCUAUCGCUCUUCGACGGAGCCGUGGGAAUGCAUUCACUUAACCUAUGGAAGCGUUCAUCGUGGGCUUCCACACGGUCGUCGUUCGACCCAAAGGCGCCUUUUGUGCUUCAGAAGAGUUUCAUUUACCCUACUAAGAUUACGUCCCUGCAGGUGACGGUGACGGCGCACGGCAUCACACCACAGGCCAUCUUGGUUGGCAUGGAAACUGGCCAGAUUUUCAAGUUAGCUCGCAACUUCAUUGAUCCGCGUCAGCCUGAGAAGCCACUCACACCCGAGGAACAAGCAGAAGGGCUGAUGAUGUACUCGCCGCUGGUGCCCGUAUACAACCAACCUCAAGCCAUGCUGACGUACAACCGUACGGUGGAGAACUUGAAAUGUAUCAGUACGGCCCCUGCCGAGCUCGAGUCGACCACUUUGGUGUUUGCUCACGGUCUCGACAUGUUUUACAUGCGCAUGACACCUGUCAAGUCGUUUGAUCUGCUACCGUCCGACUUCAAUCAUGAGAUGCUAAUUCUCCUGUGUGUGGCUUUCCUAGUAGUGACAUUUCUCACAAAGACACUCGCGCAGCGCAAGGCGUUGCAGACGGCGUGGAAAUAA